AUGGGGAACGAGCCGUACCUCCGAUCGGGGAAUUCAAAAUUCCCGACGUUUCUCUAUGCGAUGCCGUUUGUGCCCGAUUUGGUGUUUUUGGAAGAGAUUUCGCUGGUCAGUCGGCCCACAUUGCCGUACAAAGACGUGAAGCUAAGGAUGGCGGUGAGGCUAAGGCAUAUGGGGAUUAAGGUGAGGCGAGUGAUCGAGGAGGAGAAGUGCUUGAUUCGGAUGGGCGGGCCGUUGCCGCAAAGCGUGAUGGCGUUUGGUAGGAAUUCAGGGGCAGUUCAUCCUCCUACAGGGAAUUUAGGGCCAGGGCUCGACAAUAGGAGAAACAAGACACGGUGGUGA